GCCACAAGGCUAAGCGGACGUGACGUCAUAUGAAACCCAGCAGUUCUCAAAUACAGCACCGGACGUGAAAAUGUGCGUUUUCUAGCGCGGCCGAUUAAUUGACGCGCCAUGUCGUUGUUAAAACCUUUUCACGGGAGAGAUAUUUUAAUGUUUUUUGAAAUGAAGAACGCCUAAUACAAUAGGCACGUUUCAAGUACUGGGAGAAUUUAGUUACAUUUUAUUGUUGUCGCUAUGCUUCCCGCGCUAGCAUCACAACAGUUAGCUUGUGACGUCGUUAGCAAGAAGGCGCCGAGCAGCGUGUUGUUGUUUUCGAUUUGACAUGUUUUACAUGUUGGACGGCCAGGAUGAAACACUCGUCGGAAACUGUGAUAACAGCAACCAAUUAGCGCUGAUUCGGGGAGAAGAUGGGCUGAGCAACGCUAGAGCGACUAGGCAGGCGGACCAGAAGAAAAGAGGCAAGAAAAAAAGGCUUCGGUCGACGGAUCUGCGGCAUCAGCAGAACCCCAUCAGAAGCUUCCGCUUGUCAGACAACAACAACAACGCCCUGCCCGCCUCGUCUGCUCUUAAACCCGCAGCCCAGCCUGGUUCCGACCUGCCUGCCCGAACACAAGCCGUCAUCAUGACCCGCCAUCUUUUGAAACAGGAAACCAGGAAAGAGGCCGCCGACCGCAUCUGUGAUCGGGUGAAGUCCUUCGUCGCGCCGUCGAUCGCUGGAACGCAGCUGCCGAAAUCCAAAUGUGGCCGACUGGAGAGAGGGCCCGUGCAGCCAGUGGGUCCAGCAGUCCGCGUCCUGCUGAAACACGAACAGAUCAAUGUCGGUUACCACGGUAACGUCUGCAGACACAACCUGGGCCAACCCCCGCCAAAGAGGAAUGGGAGAAGCCCCUCAAACAAAACUCAGUCUCAUCCACAGCAGAAAAAUGUGAAGAAGGUGCCGCUUGUCGACGGCGUGGCCGAACACCUCAAAGACGGUGAGAAGGUCUAUGCCGGGGCCAAGUUUAGCGAGCCGCCCUCGCCUAGCGUCUUACCCAGACCGCCCAGUCACUGGGUCAGAGAGGACGGGCCGCAGCGGAGGAACCAAAGCCGAGAACUGAUGACGGUCCACUUAAAAUCGCUGCUGAAGGUUCGAGAUCAAGUGUGACUGCUCGUGGGACCUUUUCUGCGGACUGUUUAGUUUCCUUCUGGACACUGUGCGUGUGCACACUUGGUCACAUGAUGGUCUUGUACCUGCACCCUAUGUUUGAACCCGCAGGAAAUAGUCUUAACAUGUCUCAGUGAUGCACUUUUGCACUGGCAGCCUGGCAUCGAUGCACUAUUUCUACCAUGAAAUGUACAUAAUAUAUUUGUGUAUUCCUAUUUGAGAGAUUCUAGUUUUGUUACUGAGAUUUUUCCCACAAUGGUGGAAGCCAAAUCCUCUGACUGUGACCAAAGGAAAGCUCUCUCGCUGAGGCGUGGUGGUGCAGGAGCACACAGCUUGUGGACUAACUAAAGGCUGCUAGCUGGUCCCAUACAACCUCUGAGGUGAUGAAGCUCCUCAGAAGAAGAUGUGAGGGUUUUUGAAACGUUUAAAGCACUUUUAAUCAAGACAAUAAGCAAACAUGCAUCAAAGAUAAAGACCUUGCUCGACUCUGACCAAUCGUUGGGGUGUUCCUUUAACAUGCUUACGGUAAAAAAAAAUGUUUUUGUCUAUUGAAAUUACAGAGACACUCUCUUAGACCAUCAAGAAGAUGGAAUACAGCCAUCCAUUCAUUUUACGUAGUAGAGAACCUUCCAGUGCUGUUGGUUGUGUACAUUAUUUCAUCAUGUUCUUGACAGAUCCUCAGGACAACAGUGAACGUCAACAGUCCUUUAAAACAUUGAGAAAGUAUUUUAAAAGUAAAUUGUGAAAAUAAAGGAUUACCGUAGUUACUAAAAAAUCUGUUUUUUUCCCUUCUAUUUAGGACUUUAAUUCCCAAUUGAGGGAAAAACUUUUGAUUCUAAAAAUGUUUGACAUAUUCCAUAUGUCUAAAAUUUGGAACUUGAACAUCAGAAUAAUUAAUUUCACAUUAACGCCACAGUGGAUUGCAACCGCCAAAGUUGAGCUUAGUCUCUUUCUUAGUAGGUGAUUUGAAAGCACGGUAAACAAUAACCUCUUCAUCGCUCAGUAAAGCUUUAUUUGACAUGAAUAUUACUUUAUAUACUGCUAAACCACAUAUUUGGGGCACGCAGCUCAUUUUAUAUUCUGCGCGGUACAUUUUUCAACACAAAGUUAAACCUUUCUCAAAACAAAAAUGUUUUUAACAGAAAACUAUAACAUUUGUCAACACGAUAUUGUGCGGCCAAAGACAUGCACCUGGGGAUAGGUUGAUUGGCAACACUAAAUUGGCCCUAGUGUGUGAAUGUGAAUGUUCAAUGUUGGCCAUGCGAUGAGGUGGCGAUUUGUCCAGGAUGUACCCCGCCCUCCGCCCGAGUGCAGCUGGUGUGCACAAACCACAACGACACCUUCGGAUGGCAACAAUGUAAAACUGUGGGGCUCCGGGAAUCCCGAGUAUGUCAAAAUAUAAUUAUGAAUAUAUAAAUGGGAGAAAGAGAAAACACUAAAGUACUGGAUUAGAACCCAGUUGGAAAGUCUUGUGUGUCUUAUGUGUGUGUCUGUCUGGGUUUUUUUUGCAUUGAUUGUUAAAACAGAAUGUUUCACAAACAAACAUUUGCAUGAAUCAAACAAAAUGCCCAGUCCCAUUGUGUAUACAUUUUAAUAAAGAUAAAAAACUUCCAUUUCCGAUUAAUAGUGAUUAAUUAGAAGUUAACAAUGGACAAGUUGUGAUUAUUCAGAAUGAAACGUUCGAAAUGUAUGACAGCCCUUACAAAAACAUUGAUCCAUUGUCAUCAUCCAAGGGCCUCGUGAAAUAAGAGUUCUGUGGCUUUCCUAUUAAAAAUAGAUGCAUGUUCAAAUUCAGAAAACUAUGUACACAAGUAAAAAUUCAGAUGUAUUAAACGUGUGCACGCACAAAGCCAAGCACACUUCUUUUAUUACAUCGCAAUCAACUUGAAAUUGGUACCAUAUGUUGGCCUGGCCUGCGAUGAGGUGGUGACUUGUCCAGGGUGUACCCCGCCUACCGCCCGAAUGCAGCUGAGAUAGGCUUCAGCACCCCCCACGACCCCAAAAGGGACGAGUGGUAGAAAAUGGAUAGAGGGGAUGGAUGUUGGCCUGGCUUGGCAAUCCCAGGCCACGAAAUAGG